CUGAAGGAGGAGAAACCCAAGCCGGAUUCCAACGGUGCUGUCGUCAAGAUGGAUGACAACGUGGAGAAGACGGAGGAUGAGGAAAAAGAGGACAGAGCUGCCCAGUCCUUGUUAAACAAGCUGAUCCGCAGCAACUUGGUUGACACCACGAAUCAAGUGGAAGUGCUGCAGCGGGAUCCCACUUCGCCUCUCUACUCCGUGAAGUCCUUUGAGGAGCUGCGCCUGAAGCCGCAGCUUCUGCAAGGAGUCUAUGCCAUGGGCUUCAACCGACCAUCAAAGAUACAAGAGAAUGCCCUGCCCAUGAUGCUUGCUGAGCCCCCACAGAACUUGAUCGCACAGUCGCAGUCUGGUACUGGUAAGACAGCUGCCUUCGUCUUAGCCAUGCUCAGUCGUGUUGAACCUGGGAACAAGUAUCCACAGUGUUUGUGCCUUUCCCCAACAUAUGAGCUGGCGCUUCAAACGGGAAAAGUGAUUGAACAGAUGGGAAAGUUUUAUCCAGAGCUGAAACUUGCCUAUGCUGUCCGAGGCAAUAAAUUGGAGAGAGGUCAGAAGAUCUCUGAGCAGAUUGUAAUUGGCACACCUGGUACCGUGCUGGACUGGUGUUCCAAACUGAAAUUCAUAGAUCCCAAGAAAAUCAAAGUGUUUGUCUUGGACGAAGCUGAUGUGAUGAUAGCAACCCAGGGCCAUCAAGAUCAAAGCAUCCGCAUUCAGAGAAUGCUCCCGAGAGACUGCCAGAUGCUUCUAUUUUCAGCCACUUUUGAAGAUUCUGUGUGGAAAUUUGCUCAGAAAGUUGUUCCUGAUCCAAACAUUAUCAAACUGAAGCGAGAGGAGGAAACACUGGACACUAUUAAGCAGUACUAUGUUCUGUGCAAUAACAGAGAUGAAAAGUUCCAGGCUCUCUGUAAUAUCUACGGCGCCAUCACCAUUGCCCAGGCCAUGAUCUUCUGCCACACCCGCAAGACGGCCGGCUGGCUGGCGGCGGAGCUCUCCAAGGAGGGCCACCAGGUGGCAUUGCUCAGUGGUGAGAUGAUGGUGGAGCAGAGAGCAUUUUUUUUGCUGGUGACCACAAACGUCUGUGCCAGAGGGAUUGAUGUAGAGCAGGUCUCGGUUGUUAUCAAUUUUGACCUUCCUGUGGAUAAAGACGGUAACCCGGACAACGAGACCUACCUGCACCGGAUCGGCCGCACGGGUCGUUUUGGCAAGCGAGGACUGGCUAUUAACAUGGUGGACAGCAAGCACAGCAUGAACAUUCUCAACAGAAUCCAGGAACACUUCAACAAAAAGAUAAACAAAUUGGAUACUGAUGACUUGGAUGAAAUUGAGAAGAUAACUAACUGAAGAAUAGCUGCUGGAACUGGUGUGUACCCUGCUGUGGAAGCUCUCCCACUACAAUUGGAUCAGUGUUCAGAUUGGCACGCCUCUAAGCUAGUCCAGAAAAGGACUUUUAAGAUACGAGUACACAAAAAUUACCUCAUUU